GGCUGCCCUCCCCGCAGUGACGUCCCAGAGGGCGGAGGGGCGACGGACUGGCUCCGCGCCCAUCCCGCCUCCUCCGGGCGCCGGGUCCGUCGGUCCUCUGGAGAUGCUGCUGCCGCCCGCCGUUGAAGUUGCGGAGCACGCCGCUGCCGUUCUUCCCGCUCCACCGCCGUAGGGCCCCGGCGUCCGAAGGCGCACCCGAGCCGGGCCAUGCAGCCGGGAGCGGCGCCGCAGGCCGUGCUGGUGGCCGUGCUGCUGGCGGGGCUCCGGGGCGCGACGGGUCGCCUGCUAAGCGGUCAGCCAGUCUGCCGGGGAGGAACACAGAAGCCUUGCUAUGAAGUCAUUUACUUCCAUGAUGCUUCUCGAAGACUGAACUUCGAGGAGGCCAGAGCAGCCUGCAGGAGAGCUGGGGGCCAGCUAGUCAGCAUCGAGUCUGAAGAUGAACAGAGACUGAUACAAAAGUUCAUUGAAAACCUCCUGGCUUCUGAUGGUGAUUUCUGGAUUGGGCUUAGGAGGCGUGAAGAGAAACAAAGCAAUGGCACAGCCUGCCAGGACCUUUAUGCCUGGAUCGAUGGCAGCCCAGCAACAUUUAGGAACUGGUAUGUGGAUGAGCCUUCGUGCGGCAGCGAGGUCUGCGUGGUCAUGUACCAUCAGCCAUCAGCACCCGCCGGAAUCGGGGGCCCCUACAUGUUCCAGUGGAACGACGACCGAUGCACCAUGAAGAACAAUUUCAUCUGCAAAUAUUCCGCUGAGAAACCAACAGCUCCUUCUACAAGGCCUGGAGGUGAAGGAACAGAGCCAGCAAUGCCCAUACUUCCAGAAGACACAGAGAAAGAAGAUGCCACAGAAACACUGAAAGAAAGCAAAGAAGCUGCCUUGAAUCUUGCCUACAUCCUAACCCCCAGCAUCCCCCUUCUCCUCUUCCUUGUGGUCACCACAGGUGUAUGUUGGGUUUGGAUCUGUAGAAGGAGGAAACGGGGGCAGCCAGGCCCCAGCACGAAGGAGCAGCGCCCCGCCUGGCCCGCUCCUCAGCCGGGGAACAGUCCGGACCUGGAGGUUUACAACGUCAUACGAAAGCAGAGCGAAGCUGAUCUAGCCGAGACCCGGCCGGACCUGAAGAACAUCUCAUUCCGAGCGCGCUCGGGAGAGGCCACUCCCGACACCAUGUCUUGUGACUAUGACAAUGUGGCCAUGAACCCAUCCGAAAGCGGGUUCUUGACGCUGGUGAGCAUGGAGAGUGGCUUCGUGAACAACGACGUUUAUGAAUUCUCCCCAGACCGAGUGGGAAGGAGCAAGGAGGCCGAGUGGGUGGAAAAUGAAAUAUAUGGUUAUUAGGAUGCACGAUCGAACCCUGAACUGACAAGAAUGGGAAAGAAGAGAGAAGCAAAAGUCUAUUUUCUAUAAGGAAAUCACUCAGAAGGUCUGUGAAAGUGCUCAGAUCAGGUCCUGGGGGCAAGCAUGAGAGCCCCUGUUGGACCCGCACUUCGGGCUAUAUCCCUUAUCCCAGUCCCUCACCUGGCUGGAACUUCUGAGAAAGCACCUUGUCCGGCGUCUGGCACAUAAUAGAAAAUAAACAACUGAUUGUUACAACUGAC